AUGUUUUUCAAACUCUUUCGGUCCAGAGAGAGUAGGCGAAGACGACAACAGGAAGAACAAGCAGCUCAGCAAGCUAUACCCGCAGCAUCCAAGCCAGCCUACGUUCCAUGGGAUGCCGCCUCGUCUAGCUAUGCGCCAUCUAGUACCGCUGAAACCCUGAAAGGCAAAGAAGGAGACAAUACAGCUGGCCUGGGACAGCCAGAAGAGCCAAGGAUUCAGCCAGCUGCGCUCAAGCCGCUUUCUGUUCCAGCGAACAUCGCUCCGGCUAGGCAGGCACCGUCCACUACCCGUGCUAGAACCAAUUACUACGCCGGGUCUGGCAGUAGGCACCGAAGUUCCGGGGGUGGUGGCAGCUCCUCGGGCGGUGGUUAUUCUGGCGGUUUUAGUAGCAGUGAUUCUGGUGGUGGAAGUUCUGGAAGCUGCGGAGAUGGAGGUGGCGGAGGUGGUGGUGGAGGAGACGGAGGUGGUGGAUGCUAG